GCCUUAAAUAGCUGACUGAAUUAAGGGACAGAGAUAGGAAUGAAUGACAAACCAAACCCAGUUAUAAAGUUACUUAUUAACUUUCUCUUUCUUAAGGCUAUGUAUGGGGCAGUCAGUGACACCUCCUUUAACCUUUAGCACAAGUCUCCAUGCAGUAGGCUAUUUGAAGGCUAAACAAGGGGACAAAACACCUUGAAGCUUCUGUAAUCCACUUGAAAAUCAACAAACAUUGUUUGUCAGGACCAUCAUGGAACAUCUGGGCUGCAGUGCGAUAGUGGCCUUUUGUUUCUGGAGGGCACUUAUUGCAGGUGCACAUCCUCCUCGAUCAGUCCUGGGAGAAAGUCAAAGCAACUUCCCGAUGGAAGGUGAUGAGAACCUUGCCUCAACAAACACUGUCAACUCUAGCAAAGCUGUUCCCCCUGGUGAGGACGUUAACUCCCAGACCUGGCCCUACCUGGCUGCAGCGCUGGCCUCCGCCCUGACCGUCUCCCUGUUCAUCGUGGUGGCCAUCAAGUGCCGCUUUUUCCACCGCUACCUAGCCAGCUACCACCACUCCUUGCUCCCCGAGGGGGACACAGCCAGCCAGCAGAGCCCAGACGAGGUGACCUUCCCUGGGCACGGCAUGGUGGGCCGAGGAGGUGGAGGUAAUGGGACCCAUCGAGGGUUGGAUACUGAUGACGACGAUGGCUUCAUAGAGGAUAAUUACAUCCAGGCCAGCGAGAGGGCUAGGGCAGAGAGUCACGAGGACGAAGGGAUGGAAGGAGAGGUGGUGGAGGAUAGUGAUGAUGAUCUUCAGUUCACCAUUGGGUGAUUUCAGGACUGGUUGAAAAUGAUUAUUUACUGUUGAUUGGGUGACAGUGGUGGAUUCACUUCACAGAGCAGAUGCUGUCCAGACCAGACCUUUGAUUCAAAUAAAAUGUGUUUUCUUUCAGAUGCUCCAGCUGUGCUUAAUUGAGCUUGUGUGGCACCCUAAAGUGGACAAAUCCGCCCUCCAGGUGAAACAGGCCCUUCAGGCAGUCUCAAUCAAACACUCAAUGUAUUUGAAAGAAAAAAAAUACUAUUUGAAUCCAGGUCUGGUGAGAAUAUGUUGAUAGAUGAAAGAUACUGAGAAAUGAUCAUGGUCCCAUUUUAAACAAACAACAACCUAUUAAGGCUUUAUAGAACAUUCAUCAAGUCUUCAUAAAUACUACACUGAGCAAAAACAUAAACGCAACAUGCAAAAAUGUCAAAGCUUUUACUGAGUUACAGUUCAUAUAAUUGAAAUAAAUUCAUUAGGCCCUAAUCUAUGGAUUUCACAUGACUGGGAAUGCAGAUAUGCAUCUGUUGGUCACAGAUACCUCAUACAGCGCGACAUCUCCUUCGGAGAGAGUUGCUCAGGCUAUUGAUUUUGGCCUUUGGAAUGUUGUCCCACUCCGCUUCAAUGGCUGUACAAAGUUGCUGGAUAUUGGCGGGAACUGGAACACGCUGUCGUACACGUCGAUCCAGAGCAUCCCAAACAUGCUUAAUGGGUGACAUGUCUGGCGAGUUUGCAGGAACUGGGACAUUUUCAGCUUCCAGGAAUUGUGUACAGAUCCUUGCAACAUGGGGCCAUGCAUUAUCAUGGUGAAAUAUGAGGUGAUGGCGGUGGAUGAAUGGCACAACAAUGGGCCCCAGGAUCUUGUCAUGUUAUCUCAAAUUGUCAUUGAUAAAAUGUAAUUGUGUUCAUUGUCCGUAGCUUAUGCUUGCCCAUACCAUAACCCCACCACCAGCUUGGGGCACUCUGUUCACAAUGUUAACAUCAGCAAACCGCUCGCUCACACGACGCAAUUACACGCCAUCUGCCCAGUACAGUUGAAACCGUGAUUCAUCCGUGAAGAGCACACUUUGUGCACUGAGUGUACCAAACAUUAGGAACACAUUCCUAAUAUUGAGUUGCAACCACUUUUGCGGGGUGCUGGCCCAUGUUGACUAUGGAACGCUGUUUGGGUCUUUGCGUGUCAAAAAGAUACACGUCAAAUAACACUAUUUGACGCGUCAAAUAAGCUUCUUGACCAAUCAGGACCUGAAUAUGACUCCAAGUCACAUAAUAAUUUAACACGUUCAUUAAUUUUUCACAUAGUUAUUACACAUUGAUUACACUCUCACUCGUAUUUCAUAUGUCACGACGAUUCACCGAUACGUAUGCUAUGAGUCAUAGAUUUUGUCACUGAUGAUAACAUGUCUCUUCCCCUUCAUCUACACUACUUGAAAGUGGAUUUAAGUGAAAUCACUAAGGGAUCAAAUCUUUCACCUGGGUUCAACUGGUUAGUCUGUCAUGGAAAUAACAGGUGUUCCUAAUGUUUUGUACACUGAAAUAAUUUGUAAGCAAACACAUACAUAAAUGAUGAUAUAAAAGGUCUAAUUAUGCAUAAUAACAGUUUAGAAAAGCACAGGACCCAGAAUAGAACCUUGGGGACACCACCUUACACGGACACCAACUAUACAUUGUUGGAUUUAACACAAUCCACACUUAUAUGGCAUGAUGUUUGCUUAUGAAUGAUUUAAAUGUCAGCCUUAUAAAGGUUUUAUGACGGCUUCAUUAAGACUUAAAAGUUAUGUUUAGUUUAAAGUUGGACUUUUCUCAGGUGUGGGACUAAAUGAGCCACACUUUAUUAAGGUGGCUCAUCGAAUGAGAAGUGCUUUUAAAUGUAGUUUAUUAUUAGGAUGAUAAGGAUGAUGCAUAUUGAAGAUGAGUAAUGAUGAUGCAAAUCUUAUUGUUUGAUAUGCAAUGAUUUUCAUUUUCUGAAGACACUCCACAAUGCUGAUGAUCUGUUUGUAAAAACAACAUAUCCUUGAUUUUUAGGAAUGUACAGUGCCUUCAGAAAGUUUUCACAACCCUUGACUUUUUCCAAAUUUUGUUGUGUUACAGCCUCAAUUUAAAAUGGUUCAAAUAUAUAUUUAUUUGGCACUGGCCUACACACCCCAUAAUGUCAAAGUAAAACUAUGUUUUUCAAAAUGUUUACAAAUUAUUUAAAAAAUUAAAAGCUGAAAUGUCCUGAGUCAA